AUGUGGCGCGUCACCAACGGAGAUGUGGUUGCGCUCGAAAGCCCCUCGCAAAAACACUGGAUCGCCCCCUGUCUUAAUAGAUCAGUUGAUCGAUGGCUGCAACUAAAUGGCUCUACUUUUGACAAGGCUAGAAUUAUGGCUGUCAAAAGUGAGUUGGGCUCCGCCUGGUUGAGAGCGCUACCCAUCACCUCCUGCGGCACUAGAUUGGAUGACUCCUGUGUUCGCGUGAGCCUUGGUUUGAGACUCGGAGCCCAGAUCGUCACCGAAUACGAAUGCGCAUGUGGGGCAAGCGUUGAUGAACUUGGAUACCAUAGCCUUUCUUGUCAUCUAGGUCCUGGAAGACAAGCCAGACAUACGGCUGUCAACGAAUACCUGGUACGAUGUUUUCAAAAGGCUGGUAUCCCGGUUAUAAAAAAACCCAUGGGUUUGAUAGAGGAAGGAGCCUUUAGGCCUGAUGGUUACACUAUCACCCCAUGGGCUCAGGGACGGUCCCUGGCUUGGGACGUUACCUUACCCCACACUAUGGCUGACAGAUAUAUCGGCUACACUUCAGUGGAGGCGGGCACUGCUGCCCUUAAAGCGUCCGAUUUCAAAAAUGAAAAAUACGUUUCAUUAAACAAUUUAAGCAAAAUAUUUCAACCCAUUUGCAUUGAAAC